AUGCCCCCGCCCCAAGAUUUGGAUGAUGAAGAGAUGCCCCCGGUCCAAGAGAUGCCCCCGCGCCAAGAUUUGGAUGAUGAAGAGAUGCCCCCGCCCCAAGAUUUGGAUGAUGAAGAGAUGCCCCCGGUCCAAGAGAUGCCCCCGCGCCAAGAUUUGGAUGAUGAAGAGAUGCCCCCGGUCCAAGAUAUUUCGGAUGGAGAGUCAGGAAGUCAUUUAUCCAUCACAGUACGGAAUGUCGAGGAAGAGAUGCCCGAGUUCGAAGUUAACUUAGAUAUUUCGGAUGGAGGGUCGGGAAGUCAUGGAGGGUCAGGAGGGUCAGGAAGUCAUGGGUCAGGAAGUCAUGCAUCCACACAGAAUGAUUCUGAUUCCGAGGAAGAGAACAUCGAGUGUGAAAUGGUAACUUGGACCGAAUUUGCAAAAUUCGGUCCAAUAUUUUUUUCAGCACUGUUUGCUCUCAUAUCCCUGAAAUAUCCUGGGGAAACGAUGAAUGCUCGCAUGAUAAGGGGUUAUGUUCUCACUUUCCUAACUGUUUUAUAUGGGAUGGCAUAUGCAUUAAAACUAGCCCUUGACUAUAAAUCUGUCAACGUCAGACUUUUUCAAUAUGUGCCAAGAUAUCGCAAUAGGGCUGUUUUUUAUCCUGAAUCUAUUUCACAUCUGCUGGGUAUGUUGAUGCUUGUCUGGACGAUAUACGUUUCGAUCUACACCAUGACCAGCCCAGGUGCUGAUGAUUGGAUUUGCUACACGCUCGCCAUGCUUUCUAUUGGUUUUACUAUGGUCUGUGGCGCUUCUCAAAUACUUAUGUCUGAUACUCGGACCGCCAUACUGGUACCCGUGCAGGGAGGGAGGAGGAGACGAGCUGCUGUUGCUACUCCGUGUCCCGAUAUCCCUCGCAUCGGUAGAUACAUAGUGCACGAUGUAUCUGAUACCCACACUAUUCAGAUCGACUAGUGCACUGUACUUAAUUGUUUUGUCCUGCCACUUAUUUAGGCCUCGUUUGUUUCGCUAAUUCUGUGGUUCCUUUGGGAACUUGGAAUUCCAUGGAACUGACUUACUGUGUUUAAUUUCCGG